AUGUACGAUAAUCGUAUGGCUGCAAGCAUGGAGACCAGUCUUGAGUUCAUCGUUUUUCAGCACACAGUACUCUCCACCAAUGUCCAGGUCCGUAACUACACAAAAUGCAGAUUACCUAGGUGUAGAGAAGUCAUAAUCCAAACCGAUGACUCUUACCUAAAAAUUGCACGACGUCUCGAUGAAUACCGAACGAACCACACCCAGUUCCUUCCUGUCGUCGCUGCAUCCCCACUUGAUUCCCGGGAUAUUGAGCCAUUCAAGACCGACCGACCAUCGGAGCAUCGUGGUUUCUUCUAUGAUCCAAAAGCCCUACAAAGGCGACGAUCUUCCAUCAAAAAAGUGCGAAGACCCAACUAUAAGAGCAACAAUGCCGAAGCUCAAACUGGUUCUUCAAUGGAGCAGGAGCAAUUGGAACCAUUAUUGAAGAAAAUAAAAUCUUAUGUUGAAGAGCUGCCGGCUUAA